CACACACACACCUCCCCCUCCUGUCAGCUCGUCUCUCCGUUAAUCCUCUCUCUCUCUGCAGGAAUCAUGGCGGAAAUCAAACCGGGAAUUUUCGCUAAAAACGUGCAGAAACGGUUGAACCGCGCGCAAGAGAAGGUGCUGCAGAAACUGGGGAAAGCAGAUGAGACCAAAGAUGAACAGUUUGAACAAGUGGUCAUCAACUUCAGGAGGCAGGAGUCUGAAGGCUCUCGGCUGCAGAGGGAGAUGAAGGGCUACAUGGCGGCCAUUAAAGGGAUGCAGCAGGCCUCCAUCAACCUCACGCAGUCUCUGCACGAAGUCUACGAGCCGGACUGGCACGGGAAAGACGACGUCAUGGUUAUUGGGAAGGACUGUGAUGCAAUGUGGGAAGAUUUCCACAACAAGCUGGUGGAUUCGACUCUGCUGAACCUGGACGGGUACCUGCUGCAGUUCCCAGACCUUAAAACUCGUGUGGCCAAAAGAAGUCGCAAACUCAUCGACUACGACAGCGCUCGCCAUCACGUCGAAACUUUGCAGAUAUCCGGGAUGAAAAACGACCGCAAGAUGAUGAAGGCAGAAGACGAGCUGAAAAAGGCUCAGAAAGUGUUCGAUGAGCUGAACGUCGGUCUUCAGGACGAACUGCCGACUCUGUGGGACAGCCGCGUCGGUUUCUACAUCAGCACCUUUAAGAGCGUCACCAGUCUGGAGGCCAAAUUUCACCGUGAGAUCUCUCUGGUGUGCAGGCAGCUGUACGAGGUGAUGACCCAACUGGCUGAGCAGCAUUCUGACAAGAUGUUCACCAUCCAGGGAGCCCCGAGUGACUCUGGGCCGCUGCGACUCGCCAGAACGCCAUCACCGCCAGAAGACGACAGUCCACCAGAGAGUCCGGAUGCCACAUCCAACCAUAUGCUCCGCCCUGUCUCACCAGGACCGCCACGGCCUAAAUCCCCCACACAGCUGAAAAAGGGACCGCCAGUGCCGCCGCCGCCAAAGGUCACGCCCACUAAGGAGGUGGCCGAGGAGCAGAUCAUCGACCUGUUUGGAGGAGAGUUUCUACCAGCACCUUCCCCAUCACAGCCCAACGAACGACCCGGAGAAUCUCUCCUCGACCUCGAUUUCGAUGCUUUCCAGCCAGAUGAAAGUGUUUCGCCGAUACCACAGACAGCUGUGCCGUGGGACAUGUGGUCGGCAAAUGCUCAAACAGCCGAGCCUGUGACCAAUGCAUUUAAUGGAUUUUCACAGGAUGCCACUGUUCCAUCCUUUUUUGCUGAUUUUGAUAAGAUGAACGAAGUUAACGCUGCAUCAACUGAAGCCCCAGAAGCCUCAGAGACAGACAGGCCUGCAGUUCCACCUGCUGGGGAAAAACCUGCAACUCCACCUGCUGAUGAGGAACUUGCAGCUCCCCCUGCUAGUGAGGAACCUGCCGCUCUACCUGCUGGUGAGGAACCUGCAAUUCCACCUGCUGGUGAGGAACCUGCAGCUCUACCUGCUGGUGAGGAACCUGCAACUGCACCUGCUGGUGAGGAACCUGCAACUCCACCUGCUGGUGAGGAACCUGCAAUUCCACCUGCUGGUGAGGAACCUGAAGCUCCCCCUGCUGGUGAAGAACGUGUAGCUCCCCCUACUAGUGAGGAACCUGCGAUUCACCCUGCUGGUGAAGAACCUGCAGCUACCCCUGCAGGUGAGGAAGUUACAGCAGAGAAUUCCGGCAGCCCGAAGGAGGAAAAGCUUGAUUCGACGAUUGGAUCUCCAGGCUCUGAGAAGGCAGAGCUUGGUGAGAUUCCUGCAGAUGAAACCAAAACAUCUCCAGGUGAAGCUGCUCCAUCGGAGAAGAUGCCGAUCCCAUCCGUGGUCAUCGAGCCCGCCUCCAGUAAUGAAGGCGACGACGACCGUGAUGCUGAUAUCAUCUCUCCCACCGCCAUCAGUGACAACGGUGUGACAGCUGAGAACCAAAGCAUCAGACACAUGAGUCCCUCUGGUGGAGUGUCGGGACUCCCUGAUGACUUCCUGUACAAGGUGGAGACGAUGCACGACUUUGAGGCUGCAAACUCCGACGAGCUGGAACUGAAGAGAGGCGAUGUGGUGCUGGUGGUUCCCACGGCGUCUGUAGAGGACCAGGAGGCCGGCUGGCUCACAGGGGUCAAAGAAAGUGACUGGUUAACACUCGGUGCUGCUGCUCACAAAGGACUUUUCCCAGACAACUUCACUCAGCGUUUGGAGUAAAAAGCGUCUUCAGCUGGUAUGAGUUUGAGACAUCGGUGUCCAAUCCGUCCUGCAGCAGGUUUAUGACCUGCUGCUGUUGUGUGCAGGACCACACUCUUUCAUCUACUGAAACUAAAAGUCAUGGUAAUAAAAAGUAGUUCUAUUCCCAGCAUAAUUAAAAAUUUAUGAGCAUGAUGUGAUAGUAUGGUCUACCCUUCUCUGGAGUUUUUUUUAUUGUUGCUAAAAGAAAAAAAGAUGUAUGAUUUAUUGGGAAUGUUGCAAUCUCUACAUGUUCACAACACGAAGCAGGAAAAAAAAAAGGAAACCUUCUUUACACCACUUGUGUUGUGCUCAUUUUGUGGAAUAUACCAUAACCUGUAGUGCUGUGAUCUAUUUAAAUGUUCUUGAGUGUAACAUGAAACUCUUGAGUUUGUUGUUUUUUUAGUGUGUUUCUGUGACUUAAUGGUCCAGCGUGACUCUAAAUGAUGUCACUGCAGAGUGUUAAUGUGAACAAACCAGCGCUCCUCCGGCAUGAAAGUCUUUUAUCAAAGUCAGUAUUACAGAAUGAAAGAACUAAAAAUCUGUCAUUGUGUAGCUCAAUAAGUCUUACCAAACUUAUAUUUGCAGUUAAGAAACAGAGCCAACCAGAAGACAGUAACUUGUAGGUGGGGCUGGACCAAAACCUUGUGUCUGUUGUGUUUUAGCUUCAUGCUAAACAAGCACAGCUGCAGAAAAUAGAAGAUGUUACCUUUCAUUAAUACAUUUUGGCCUUACAAUUCUUCCAUUAGCUUCAAAAACAAUAUUUUGGUCUAACACUACCUGAAGAUGGAAACCUGCCCAGGUUUCAGGAGGUUAGUCUUAUCAGCUGUUUAUUGGAACACAAGGAAGGUAUUAAGUGAUGCAAUAUGCAAUCUGUGUUGUCGGUAUAUUUCAGGUCUUCAUAUUCAAACAGUUCUGUAGGUCAACAAAUAUGAUGUCACUCUCUUUGACAGUGAAGUUAAACCUUAAUGUAGACAUUUCAUGUGAUGUAGAUACCAAAAACCUUUAUUCAAGUUCAAUAAAUAAGAGUUGGUAAAGUUA